AAUUGAGAGUUAUUACCAAGACUCAAAGCACAUCUACAAAUCGGCUUACACAUUCAACUCAGCUCUCAUUAUUCAUAUCUGGAAAUGGCUGAGACUGCUCCUCUCCUAUCUUUUCAUUCCAAUGGUUAUAACCAUGGCUCUACAAAACCUUCUUCUUUUAUCCAUUCGGUCUAUCUGAUUACCAAAAUAACUUUACUUUCUUCCCCUGUCAAUAUCCUACUUUUUUUCGUUCCUCUAGGUAUAAUUGCAGGUAUUUUGGAUUGGAACUCAACUGUCGUCUUUUCUUUAAAUUUUUUUGCAAUUGUUCCUUUAGCUGCCAUCUUAUCCUUUGCAACUGAAGAAUUGGCCUCAAAUGUUGGUGAAACCGUUGGUGGAUUACUUAAUGCAACUUUUGGUAAUGCUGUUGAAUUAAUUGUUUCCAUAAUUGCUCUAAAAGAAAACCAGAUCAGAAUUGUUCAAGCCUCCAUGCUAGGAAGUAUCCUUUCAAAUCUUUUACUAGUCUUGGGUUGCUGCUUCAUUGCCGGUGGUUAUAAUAGAUCAAUUCAGAAAUUUAACAUGACAAUUGCUCAAACAAUGUCCUCCCUAAUGGCUUUGGCUUGUGUUUCCCUAUUAAUCCCAGCUGCUUUCAAUGCCGGUAUGAAAGGCGAUGACUAUCACUCAUCUCCAGAAGACCCAAGUCCCGAAGUAUUAGCUUUGUCAAGAGGCACUUCCAUUAUCCUUUUAAUCAUUUACAUUCUUUACCUCUUUUUCCAAUUAUACACCCACAAAAAUGUCUUUGAAGAAUCUGAUGAUUCCCCUGAUCACACAGAUAUCAGAUCUUCUCAUGGUUCUGUCAGAUCAUUUGCCACUAACUCUUCCGAAACUUUAUCCCCAUUAGCCAGUGUCACUGUUUUGAUCCUCUCAACGGUCUUGGUCUCAUUUUGUGCCGAUUACUUGGUUUCGUCUAUCGAUGAUUUGGUCGAGCAAAGUGGUUUGUCAAAGACGUUUAUCGGUUUGAUCGUUAUCCCUAUUGUUGGUAAUGCUGCUGAACAUGUCACUGCUGUGGUCGUAGCCGUUAAAGAUAAAAUGGACUUGGCCGUUGGUGUUGCAGUUGGAAGUUCCAUGCAAAUUGCCUUGUUUGUCACUCCCUUCAUGGUCUUAAUUGGCUGGAUCCUUAAUAUUCCUAUGAGUUUAUACUUUUCAACUUUUGAAACUGCUGUCUUAUUUGUCUCAGUUUUAAUCACAAAUUACUUAAUCAUGGAUGGUGAAAGUAACUGGUUGGAAGGUGUCAUGUUACUUGGUACUUACUUUAUUGUUGCUUUAGCUUUCUUUUACUAUCCUUAAUCUAUUAUUUUUUUUUCUUUCUAAAUUAUUAUUUCUUGUUCCAAACCCAAUAAGUAAAUUAACAAUCUAAAAAAAAAAAUAAGAAAAAAAAAAAAAAAAAAAAAAAAAAAAAAUAAUUAAAAAAUAAUAAAAACUGAAAAAAAAAUUUAUUUAAAUCUUCUUAAAUACUUAUCCUCCAU